ACCGGCCCUCGUGUUGGUCUUUCUAACAUCCGGUCGUCAAGAUGAGGAUUGAACUGUGCUCCUACAGCGGGCUGAAAAUCUACCCUGGCCAUGGCAAAAGAAUGGUCAAGGCAGAUGGCCGGGUCUUCAACUUCCUGAGCCACAAGUGUGAGCGCUCACACACCAUGAAGCGCAACCCCAGAAAUAUCAACUGGACUGUGCUGUACAGAAGGAAGCACAAGAAGGGUCAGAUUGAGGAACAGGUGAAGAGGAGAACCAGGCGUACCCAAAAGUUCACUCGUGCCAUCACUGGUGCCACCCUCAGUGACAUCAUGGCCAAGAGGAACCAGAAGCCUGAAGUGCGUAAGGCACAGAGAGAGCAGGCCAUCAGAGCUUUCAAGGAAAAGCAGAAGUUGAAGGACGCCCAGAAAAAGGUCACCAAGCCUGCCGCCACCAAGCAGCCAUCCAGACAGAAGGCCUCCAAGAAUGUCCAGAAAGCAGCUCCUCGUGUUGGAGGAAAGCGAUGAUUUUGAUGACAAUAAAUGGUUAUAAAUAUU